AUGAAAAAAAAAUUAAAAAUAAAAGAAUCAAUUGAUCAAAAAAGUAAUCAAACUGAUAUUGGUUCAUUUAAACUUGAUUCACUCUCUAUAUCUGCUGAAGUUAAAAGUAAAUUUUCAAAAGAGUCAUUAGAUGUUAAAGUUGGUAAAGAAGUGUAUUUAACUAGUUCAGUAUCAGUACCAAGAUUAGAGUUUUGCAUUAAUCCAUUAAAGGUAAAACUAAGUGAUGAAUUUUAUUCAAAAUUAAAUAAUGUUGAAACUCAUGGUGAAUUAAUUAAAGUUUUUAAAGAGUACGGUGAAUUCUAUCCAAAACGGUAUAUAUUAGGAGGUAUGAUAACAAAUCAUGAAACUCAAAAAUUUACAACAAUUGAAAAUCUAGAAUCAAAACUAUUAUCUUUAAGUGCUGGUGUUAAUGCUGCAAUAGGUCCCGUUAAAGUUGGAGGUAGUGUUGGAGGUGAAUCAGCAACCGAUGAAAAAAAAUCAAAACAAAAUGAAGAAAAUAGUUCAAAAAAAGAUGUUAUUGGAGGUGAUCCAAGUAAAACAGGCUCAGAAUGGGUUUCAAGUUUAAGUGAUAUAAAUAAUUGGGGUAUUAUUGGUAUAGAUGUUUAUCCAAUUAUGGAUUUAAUAAAAAAGAAUGAUAACACAUUAUAUAAAAAAUUAGAAAAAAUUAAAAAUUCAAUUACAUUAACUUGUAAUGUUAAAAAAUGGAAAAGAAUAGAUUUUUGGGAGAGCGAAGAUUUUGAAUUUCAAGGUAAAAAAUUUAAUAUUUCAAUUAAAAAGAUAAAUGAAAGUGUUAUAUAUCCAAGUAUAAAUUGUUUAGAGGAAGGAAAUAUGGUUAUUAAAUAUUGUGGUCAUGGAGAAGAUCCAAGAUACUAUCAAAUACAAAAUUUUAUUAAAGGUUGUGAUAAUGGUUCCUGUACCAAUAGAGCCAGUGGUGGUGGUACAAUACCUGAUUCUUUUACAUUCUCAUUCCACAUUUUUAUUAAACCAGAUGAAAAUGAUAUUUGUUCAUUAAUUAUCAAAUAA